UUUUUGGCGAUGUCCUCCUCCUCCUCCUCCUGUGUUCGCCCCAUUCUCUGAACUCAAGGAUUGUGGGGUUUAGGGUUUAGGGUCUUUCAAUAUGGAAGUUCAGCAUCUGCUUUCUGGGUUUUGCUCAACCCCAAUGGUGCAAAACCCCAAGACCCAAUUCUUUGCAAGAUUGCCCUCUUCUUCUUCUACUGCUUCCACAUAUUUUGGUCAAUCCCACAAAUGGGUCUCCUUCAAGGCCUGCCCUUGUAAUUCACAGAGGGCAUUGUCUAGGAUAGAGUGUAGGAGCAGCACAGAGAGAAGUGGGGUCAUUGCUUCUUCUGAUAGUGAAGAUUUGGGGAAUGGGAUUAGGCGGAAAAAGCUUGCGGUUUUUGUGUCUGGUGGAGGCUCCAAUUUUCGGUCCAUUCAUGAAGCCUGCAUUCGGGGUUCAAUUCAUGGAGACAUUGUUGUUUUAGUUACUAAUAAACAAGGUUGUGGAGGUGCUGACUAUGCAAGAGAUAAGGGCCUCCCAGUUGUGCUGUUUCCCAAAACAAAAAAAGAGCCUGAUGGAAUAUCUCCAAUUGACCUCGUUGCUGUCCUUAGGGGACUUGAGGUUGACUUUGUUCUUCUGGCUGGUUACCUACAACUUAUACCGGUAGAGUUGAUUCAAGCUUAUCCCAGAUCCAUAGUGAACAUCCAUCCAUCACUUCUUCCUGCAUUUGGAGGCAAAGGUAACUAUGGAAUGAGGGUUCACAAAGCAGUCAUUGCUUCUGGAGCAAGAUACACAGGCCCUACAAUACAUUUUGUUGAUGAGCAUUAUGACACUGGACGUAUCCUGGCUCAAAGAGUUGUCCCAGUGCAUGCUAAUGACACUGCUGAGGAGCUGGCUGCGAGGGUCCUUAGGGAGGAGCAUCGCUUAUAUGUGGAGGUCAUAGCAGCAUUAUGUGAAGAGCGAAUAUUUUGGAGGGAAGAUGGUGUUCCUAUAAUCCGCAGCAAAGAAAAUCCCAAUGAAUACAGCUAACAGAAGAAAAAUCACAUGAGGGAAAGGUAGCUAAAAAGAAUGCAAAGAAAAUUCCAUUUUUGAUCACUUAUCCCGGUGUAGUUGGGCAGUCCCAGUUUGUCAGAGCCAUGUAUACCUAUAAUCACAAAGAGAAAGGGAGAAGGGGGCUAAAAACAAGGUUCAUAGUUAAGAGUAGCAAGAGGUUUUCACUUCAUGUAUGAGUAAAUGGGUCAACGGUUGAUAGCCUGUUAUACACUAGGCUGUGUUUUCAUGUAUUGCACUUCUUUUUCUUCACUGGAACAUGUGUAACUCAAUUUCGAAAUUAAUGUGAUCUGAUUUUUGAGAGA